AUGAAGAAAAAUGAGGAAAAGUAUGCUCAAGUUGAGAACCCAGAUGCUACAGCCGACACGCUCGGCAUCAGCAGUGUAAUGGUUCAGGAUAUGAGUGGCAAAAGAAUCAACAAUUAUACUUUUAAUAUGGAGGCCAUGACGUCCUUUGAAGGUGACACUGGUCCUUAUCUCCAGUAUGCACAUGCCCGAUUGUGUUCAAUCAAGCGCCGUGCAAACCUCACGGAUGAGGACUUGGACAGCGCCAACUUGUCUCUUCUGAAGGAGGACCAUGCUGUCAAUAUCGUGCGAAUGCUAUCACAAUGGCCAGAUGUUUUACAAAACACGCUCAAGACAUUGGAACCAACAACAGUUCUCACCUAUCUCUUCAAGAUGACACAUGUUAUCAGCAGCAGUUACGACCACCUGCAGGUUGUUGGCAGCGAACGAGAGCUAAUGAAGUCCCGUAUGGCUUUAUACGAUGCAGCACGAACUACGUUGGCUAAUGGCAUGCGCAUCCUUGGAUUGACGCCACUUGAAAGGUAA